UUAUAUUCCUUUCACCCCAGUGAGAGUACACUUGUGUUUCAAAUAAAAUACAAUUUUCAGAUUGGACCUGAGUCCACGUAAAUGAUCCUAUAAACCACAUUUUUGGACUAAUGUCAAUUUUAUUUCCAGUUGUAAAGACUUCAUUUUCUUCCUUAAGUGACCCUAAACUGCACUUCUUUUCCUUUAUCAUCUUAUUACACUCUUCUCUUGACACCUCUAACAUUUCUGAAGAUACUGGCUCAGUUAUUGGGACAUUAGUAAUAGAAGUAUAUUUCUUAACUAUCUUGCGUAUUUUUCUACAGGCCCACGCGUCAGUCGCAUAUUCUAAGUCGUUAAGCAUAUAA